CUCCACCCUGCACUGCAUUGGUCCGUCCCUGUGUUCUUGCGAAUCCUUGGUGUUCCAAUGGCAGCGGUGGUGGCCACCAUGGUGGUCGGACCACUGCUCAAGAUCGUGAUGGGGAAGGCGUCCAGCUACCUCCUUGACAAGUACAAGGUGUUGAAGGGCAUGGAGGAGCAGCAUGAGAUCCUGAUGCGCAAAUUGCCUGCCAUCCUGGACAUCAUCACCGAUGCCGAGCAGGCGGCAACCCACAGAGAAGGGGCAGCGGCCUGGCUCCAGGCCAUCAAGAAGGUGGCUUACCAGGCGAAUGAAGUCUUCGAUGAGUUCAAGUACGAGGCACUUCGUCGUGAAGCAAAAAAGAAGGGGCACUACAAGAAGCUUGGCUUCCAUGUGGUAAAACUCUUUCCCACUCACAACCGGUUUGUAUUCCGUAAAAGGAUGGGGAAAAAGCUCAGCAAGAUUGUGCAGGCCAUUGAGGUCCUUGUGACUGAAAUGAAUGCCUUUGGCUUUAAGUACCAGCAACAACCGCUGCUAGCCAAUCAGUUGAGGCAAACCGAUCAUGUUAUCUUCGAUCCAAAGAAUAUCAUCAGCAGAUCGAGAGAAAAGGAUAAUAAGGAAAUCACUAAUGUACUGAUAAGUCAAGCUAACAAUGCAGAUCUCACAGUUGUUCCCAUCGUUGGGAUGGGGGGUCUGGGCAAGACCACGUUAGCACAAGUUGUCUACAAUGAACCUGAAAUUCAGAAGCAUUUCGAUUUGCUGCUAUGGGUGUGUGUCUCUGACAGCUUUGAUGUGGAUUCUCUGGCUAAAAGCAUAGUUGAAGCAGCUCUCGAGAAGGAGGAUUGUACAAAAGAAGCUGCUUCCAAGAAGAAACCAUUGGAUAGACUUCAGGAUUGUGUGAGCGGGCAAAGGUACCUUCUUGUACUGGAUGAUGUCUGGACAAGAGAGUUUUGUAAAUGGGAACAACUUAAGGCCCGACUUCAACAUGGUGGCAUGGGUAGUGCGGUCUUGACAACUACUCGUGAUGGCGGAGUUGCUGAAAUGAUGCGUACUGUUGAAGCUUAUAAUCUCACAGCUUUGGAAGAUAUAUACAUAAAGGAAAUUAUCGAGACAACAGCAUUCAUCCAUUUUAAGAAGGGAGAGGAAAAGCCCGCCGUGUUGAUGAAUAUGGUUGACGAGAUUGUGGAGAGAUGUGUUGGCUCUCCUUUAGCUGCAACAGCACUGGGUUCUGUACUGUGUACCAAGACCAGUAAAGAACAAUGGGAGGCUGUAUUAAGCAGAAGCAGGAUUUGCACCGAGGAGAAUGGGGUCUUACCAAUACUCAAGCUCAGUUUCAACUACUUGCCGUCUUGUAUGAAGCAAUGCUUUGCUUUUUGUGCUAUAUUUCCCAAAGAUUACAAGAUUGAUAUGGACAAGCUAAUCCAACUGUGGAUUGCACAUGGCUUCAUCCACGAAAAGCAAGUUCGUCUUGAAACCAUCGGCAAACAGAUUUUCAAGGAGCUGGCCUCAAGGUCAUUCUUUCAGGAUGUGGAACAAGUACAAGCAACAACUGAGGAAAUUGAAUUCAACUGGUCAUGCUAUUCCAGAACUACAUGUAAAAUCCAUGACCUUAUGCAUGAUGUUGCACUUUCAGUAAUGGAAAAGGAAUGUGCCUUGGGAAUUGAGGAACCAUACAAAAUUAAAUUUGUAGCCACAACUGAGGAACCAAGUCAGACUGAGUGGCUUACAAACACUUCUCAUCAUAUAUUUCUGUCAUGCAAGGAACCAGGAAGAAAAUUGAAUAGUUCUCUAGAGAAAAGCUCUCCAGCUAUCCAAACUCUUCUAUGUGAUGGGUUUAUGGAAAGUUCAUUGCAACAUCCAUCCAAAUACAACUCUUUGCAAGCAUUGCAGCUCUGUUCACGGAGAGGAGCAUUUCAGCUGAAACCAAAGCAUCUACAUCACCUGAGAUACCUAGAUCUCUCAAGAAGUAGAUAUAUCAAAGCACUUCCAGAAGAUGUGAGCAUUCUAUACAACCUGCAAACGUUGAACCUCUCUGAGUGUGAAUUUCUUUGUAGACUUCCAAGACAAAUCAAGUAUAUGACUGCCCUCCGUCACCUUUACACUCAUGGUUGCCCAAGGCUGGAGAGCAUGCCUCGAGACCUCAGGAAACUCACAUCCCUACAGACGCUUACAUGCUUUGUAGCAGGUAGUGGCUCUAAUUGUAGUAAUGUUGGAGAGCUCGGAAAGUUAAACCUUGGUGGUCAACUAGAGCUACGUAAUCUGGAAAAAGUGACAGAAGUGGAUGCAAAAGCAGCAAACAUCAUGAACAAGGAGCUAAGAGAAUUGAGAUUAACAUGGACCUUCAGAUGGAAUUAUUCUGAAGAUAAAACUAGCUGGCAGGAUAUUGAAGAGGAUGCAAGAGUGCUCGAGAAUCUCAAGCCUCAUGAUGCACUACAUGCCAUACGGAUACACUCAUAUGGAGCCACCACCUUCCCGACAUGGAUGGCUAUGUUGCAAGACAUUGUUGAGAUCCAUCUUUUUGAUUGUAGAAAACUGCAAUGGUUGUUCAGCGGUGAUCGUGAUAAUAAAACCUACACAUUUCCAAAACUAAAGAAGCUUACGUUGUAUGCUCUUGACUUUCUGGAAAGAUGGUGGGAGAUAGAUAAUGAUGAGAUGCACAGAGAAGAGAUGUUCCCUCAGCUUGAGAAGUUGUCCAUUAGUCACUGUGAAAAUUUGAAAGCAUUGCCAGGAUAUCUGAGCUUCCCUAAGCUCCAGAAUGUUCGUAUUGAGAAAUGUCCGAAGUUGACAACUACAGCUAAAUCACCAAAGCUCAGUGUAUUGAACAUGGAAGGACGUGAGGUAGAGUUGUUCUUGUGGGUAGCGAGACAUAUGACUUCAUUGACCAAUCUGAAACUGACUAGCAUUGAACAUAGUACAGAUACAACCUCGACGGUGGCUGAGAAUAGUUUGAGGGAAGUGGUGAACGGCAAGGAAAAAGGGAAUGAUCAAGGAUUUCCUUUAGCAGUUUUGGUGUUAAGAAACUUUAAGUCGAGUAUAAGUGUAACAGAGAUGUGCACAUGCUUUGUACACCUUCAAGAGUUGUCAAUUGAUAGUUGCCAUGCGCUUGUCCACUGGCCAGAAACAUUGUUCGAAGGAUUGGUAUCCUUGAGGAGGCUAGAGAUUAAAAAUUGCGAUAAUUUGACUGGAUAUGCGCAAGCUUCUGCUGAGCCAUCAGCAUCACCAGAAACCAGUCAGCUCCUGCCACGUCUAGAGUCUCUAACGAUACGGAGUUGUGAAAACUUGGUUGAGCUCUUCAACGUCCCUGCUUCUCUCAGGAAAAUGCACAUUAUAAGUUGUAGUAAGCUUGAGUCCACAUUCGGCCGGAAGCUGCAGCAGUCAGUAUCAUCGAUUCAUCAAGGGUCAUCCAGUAUAGAAGCAUUAUCAUUAUACUACUGUGAUGGCUUAACAGGGGUCCUCUAUUUUCCCCCGUCCCUCAAGAGACUAGAGAUUGUUAAUUGUGGUGGGUUAGCAUCUCUGGAAUCCUGCUCUCCCGAGCUCCAAUCCUUGAAGUUCCUCGAGCCUGUGAACUGCAAUUCACUGUCAUCCCUACCGGAUGUGCCGCAAGCGUACUCAUCUCUCCAAUCUCUUUGCAUUAUACGCUGCCCUGGUCUGAAGACGCUCCCUGCAAGCCUGCAACAAUUCCUUGGCAGCAUCCUGCAGGAAUGCGUAGAUGCCCAUUACUAUGGAAAUAAGCCAAGGCCUAUGCUGCUGAAGCCCAAGACAUGGAAGUAUGUCUGCAAAGGUUGAACUACUGCUCCAAAGGCUUGGAGGAUAUGCUGUCUGCAAAGGUUGGUGGUACUGACUGUACCCCUCGGAUAUAUUUUGAGGGAGAAAAAAUACUAGCACAAGCUUCUGCUGAGCCAUCAACAUCGUCAGAAACCAGUCAGCUCCUGCCACGUCUAGAGUCUGUAACGAUAGUGAGAUGUGGAAACUUGGUUGAGCUCUUCAACGUCCCCGCUUCUCUCAGGACAAUGGACAUUUCUUAUUGCAGUAUGCUUGAGUCCAUAUAUGGUAGGAAGCAGCAGCAGGGAGAGUCAGUAUCAUCAAUUCAUCAAGGGUCAUCCAAUUUAGAAGCAUUAUCAUUAAACAGCUGUGAUGACUUAACAGGGGUCCUCUAUUUCCCCCCAUCCCUCAAGAGACUAGAAAUUGCUGACUGUGGUGGGUUGACAUCUCUGGAAUCCUGCUCUCCCGAGCUCACAUCGUUGGAGUACCUCGAGCUUUGGGGAUGCAUGACCCUGGAAUCCCUACCGCAUGCAUACUCAUCUCUCCAAUAUCUUCAGAUUAUAGAUUGCCCUGGUAUGAAGACGCUCCCUGCAAGCCUGCAGCAACAUCUGGGCAGGGGGCAGCAUCGAGGAGAAAUACGUAGAUGCUCGUCUUUAUGGAAAUAAGCCUAUGCUGCUGAAGCCGAAGACAUGGAAGUAUGUCUGCAAAGGUUGAACUACUGUUCCCAAAGGCUUGGAGGAUAUGCUGUCUGCAAAGAAUUCUUCCGGCACAUACAGACGGACGGAGAAGAGAGAUCACUUGGAGUAGAACUAUUGUCUCGCAAGACCUGCCAGGAUCAUGAAUGUUGUUGCCAUGCUGAGUUGCAUGAUCAGUAGUCAGAAAGUGCUUCAAACACGUACUACUGUUUUAUCCCCUGAAAGAGAUCUUGUUCGAACAAUUAGUACUUGUAUUUUCCGCUUAUUUACCUAUGGGCUGUUAUAUGAUUGUACUCUUCUUUUUUUUGAACUGGCAAGGUGACUCUCUUUGCCCUGGCACUUUCAGUUCCUUUUUUGUUAAAAUUAUGCCAGUAAUUCCUUUGGGUGCUUUGUUAUAUAUUUA